AGGUUGCACCACCGCCUGCGUAUCCAACCGAAGUGACGUUUCGUUUGACACGUCGUCACACGCGCCACACUUGUAACGUUACUGCGCAUGCGCCGAAGUUAAAGUUUUAACAGAAGGUUACUUCGGUUUCUUACGAACAUCGUUCGUGUGUCAAUUCGAUUAUUUUCUAUUAAAAUAUUAUUGAAAAUGUCUGGAAAAUCAAAAGCAUUUACUAAAGAAGAAGAAUUAUUACUUCAAGACUUUUCACGAAAUGUUUCUACCAAAUCUUCGGCAUUAUUUUAUGGCAAUGCACUUAUAGUAUCUGCUAUACCAAUUUGGUUAUUCUGGAGGAUUCAUAUGAUCGAUUUAUAUGCCAAUUUGGUUUCUUUCGUAUUGGUUACUUUAAUAAGCACUUAUACACUUGCACUUGCUUAUAAGAAUACCAAAUUCAUUCUCAAACACAAAAUUGCAGUAAAAAGAGAAGAUGCAGUUACCAAGGAAAUGAAUCGCAAGCUUGCUGAAGAUAAGAAAAUGAGUAAAAAGGAAAAAGAUGAAAGAAUUUUGUGGAAGAAAAAUGAAGUAGCCGAUUACGAAGCAACAACCUUUUCGAUUUUCUACAACAACGCUUUAUUCCUCGCUUUUGUCAUAGUAUCUUCGUUUUACGUUUUAAGAGCAUUUUCUCCAGCAGUAAAUUAUAUACUUUCCGUUGGUGCAACUAGUGCAUUAUUAGCAUUGUUAUCUACAGGUUCUCAAUAAUAAUAAUAAUAAUAAUAAUAUUAAUACAAUAAUUCCAUCACUUUCAUUUACUUUGUAAAAAAAACAAU